AUGCCAAGGGCUCGCGGAUUUGAAUACUGGUUUGGUGGCAUUGAUCUCAAUGCAACUCCUGAAGCUAGUACAUCAACUGAUCAACAUGCUGGGCAGCCGCCUGAAGUCGGAGGCCAUCAUGUCGAUCCCCAAGGAGAUGAAGCAGGUCCUUCAAACAAUGACCAGCAAGCUGAUUCGCGUGCACAGACUGGUGUUACACUUUCCAGUGAGGAAAGCGAUGGUGAAGCUGAGGUUGAGUCAACGCCUGAAGGAUAUGUUCCAAAGAUAGAAUCAUCUAGGAGAUGUGCUAAAGAUGGUGAGCUAGAUAAAUUUGUGUAUGUCUGCAACAAAUCUGGGAAGCCUAGAGAAGAAGAAGCAGUCCCAGUUAAGCAGAGGAACCGUAAGCUAACUGUGCUGACCGACUGCAAAGCAAAGCUUCGAGUAAAACGUGAUGGUGCUAGAUGGAAAGUUACUCAGUUUGUCGAGGUGCAUACACAUGAGGUGAUUGACAAGUUUGCGCUUAAGAAGUACUUGAGAUCACACAACAAGAUCCCUGCAGAAGAGAAAAAGUUCAUUGACUUGUUGCAUGAAGUCAACCUUACUUCAGGAAGAAUCAUGGAAAUCAUGGGGGAGCUAUAUGGGAGCAAGCAGAAUGUCCCAUACAACAGCAAAACAGUUAGUAACUACACUGCAAAAUUAGGGAACUAUGACAGGAUUAAAGAUAUCCCAGAGCUGCUAGAGUACUUUGAAGAAAUCAAGAAAGAUGAUCCCAGAUUUUUCUACAGGUUCAAGCUAGAUGCAGAAAAUAAAGUGGAGAACCUGUUCGGGUGGAUAGCAAAGCAAGAGAUGUCUACCCCUUACAGCAUGCCAUGUGCUCCUUUCAUUGGAAUAAAUAGAUAUGGUCAAUCCAUCCAGCUUGGUUGUGGUUUUGUGAGGAAUGAAUCUUCUGUGAACUUUGUGUGGUUGUUUGAGCGGUUUUUAGAGGCAAUGGAUGGACUACAUCCAUUGAACAUCAUUACAGAUCAAGAUGCAGCUAUCAGAACUGCUAUCCUCAUUGUGUUCAUUAGCAUCAUACACAGCAUGACACCGGAAGAGUUUGAACAGCGGUGGGCAAAUAUGGUGGAAACGCAUGGGGUUGCAGAUAACACACAUUUUCUUGACCUCUAUGAUUUGCGUGAGUAUUUUGUGCCAGCAUAUUUCCGCCACCGGUUUUUCCCAUUCCUUCAAACUACAUCUAGAAGUGAAGGGUUUAAUGCUGUUCUUAAGCAGUAUGUUCAUCCACAUGAUAGCCUUGUUCGUUUCUUCAAGCAGUACAUGAAACUACAGGAGAGAAUUGAUGUAACAGAAGAUGCUCAUGAGUUUGAUGGUGAUGAGAAGACAGUUAGGCUUUGGGGGGACUUUCCCAUGGAGAAGCAGAUCCUUCAGACAUACACCAUGCCCAUCUACCACCGCUUUCAGCUUGAGCUUCGGAAGAUUACAUCCUAUAAUGUUCGUGACAUUGGUGUUACUGAACAAGGGAGCAUUCAUGAGAUUUUCCCAAUACAAGGAUCCGUGCGCGGGUACGGUAGGAGGAGUUAUCGUGUCGAUGCUGAUGUAGCUAAUGGAAUCUACAAUUGUGAAUGUUGCAAAAUUAACAGGGAUGGUAUCCUGUGCUGCCAUGCAUUGAAAGUUAUGACACAUCUAGGGAAGAAGAUGCUGCUACUGUGGAGAAUCGGAAAGCUAGGAACCCACCAAUGUCAGCGACAAAAGGGCGCCCAGGUUCAAAAAGAAAGAAAGGUGGUCUACGAUUCACGAAACCAAAACAAGGUCUCUGUGGUGUGUGCAAGCAACCAGGUCACGAUGCUCGUACGUGCGAGGUGCGACUAG